AUGCCUCACCUUCCCUUGCAGGGUCCUCCACUCAGGCACAAGGGACAAGGCAGGAUGGCAGUCAUUGAAGUGAUUUAUGGAGUUAUCCUCUUAUUACAGACAGUGAUUGGAAUUCUGGGAAAUUCCUCCCUUCUCUACCGCUAUAUGUUCCUUUACUUCAGUGGGUGUAAAUUAAAGUGCACAGACCUGUUUCUUAAGCACUUGCUUGUAGCCAACCUCUUAACUCUCCUGGUUAGAGGAGUGCCCCACACAAUAGAAGCCUUUGGUUGGAAAGUUUCCCUUGGAGAUGUGGGGUGCAAAAUACUCUUCUAUCUGCACAGAAUAAGCAGAGGUGUGUCUAUUGGCAGCACUUGUGCCCUGAGUGUCUUCCAAGCUAUUACCAUCAGCCCCAGGGACCAUAGGUUGGCAGAGCUUAAAGCGAAGGCUCACAAAUAUGUGGGAUCUACCUUGUGCCUGUUCUGGAUUCUGUAUGGGCUUGUAAAUAUUAUUUUUCUUCUGACCAUCACUGAGACCUACACUACAACAAACUUCACAAGCCUGAAAUUUCAUGGCUAUUGUUCCAGCAUUCGUCACAACAAAAUCACAGAGUCCUUAUAUGCAGCCCUGCUGUUUCUCCCUGAUGGUUUGUGUGUAGGACUCAUGCUCUGGACCAGCAGCUUCAUGGUUUCCAUUCUGCACAGGCACAAACAGCAGAUGAGACACAUUCAUAGAACUAAUGUCAGCUCAGUAUCUUCUCCUGUGUCUAGAGCUACCAAAACCAUCCUUCUCCUGGUCAGCACCUAUGUCUGCUUUUAUACACUCUCCUGCACCUUUCAAAUUUGUUGGUCUUUUACUUAUAAUCCCAGCUGGUUACUGGUGAACACAUCUACAGUAAUUGCUGGAUUAUUCUCAACUGUUAGCCCCUUUCUGCUCCUGAGUUGUGACGCUAGAGCAUGCAUGUGUUGUUUUGUCAGCAUGAGGAAGAGAAAAUCUCCAAUUCAUAUAAAGAAUGGGUAG